AUGCCCAAAUUCCCCAAAAUUCUGACCGUUAUUUUUUCCUCCCAAAAAUCCACCUCCUACUACUCAAACUCUUAUUCACAACCCCAUCAAAAACUCCUUUCACUGGUCGAAAAAUGCUCGUCCAUGAGCCACCUCAAAGCCCUCCACGCCCAAUACAUCCUCCGUGGCCUGGCCCACGACCCCACCUCUCUCAGCCGCCUCAUUUCCUUUUGCAGCCUGUCGCCUUCCGGAGACUUGCAGUAUGCACAUAACCUGUUCGACAAAUUUCCCCACCCGAACCGGCACAUGUACAAUACCUUGAUAAGAGCUUGCUCAAAUGGAAAAUACUCGGAAAAGGCCAUUUUUCUCUACCGGAAAAUGGUGUGUAGUGGGAUUCACCCAAAUGAGUUUACUUUUCCUUUUGUUCUGAAAGCGUGCGCGGCUUGGAAGGCAUAUGGAGAUGGUAUUUCGGCACAUUUGCAUGCUGUGAAGCUUGGGUUUCAUGAUUCUUAUGUGGUCGUGCAGAAUGGGCUUAUAAAUUUUUACGUCGGCUGUGGGAGGGUCGAGCAUGCACGGAAAGUGUUUGACCAGGUUGGGUUCAGGACUUUGGUCACGUGGAACUCGAUGAUCGGUGGUUAUGCGAAGAUGGGUUCCUGGAAGGAUGCGUUUUUGCUUUUCGGUGGGAUGUGGAAAAACGGUGUGCAGCCUGAUGGUCAUACAUUUGUCAGUUUGCUGUCGCUGUGUUCGAGAAUUUACGAUGUGGAUUUUGGGAGGUACGUGCACUGGUGUAUUGUAGUUAAUGGUUUUUUUGCUGAUGUGUUUGUGAAAAAUGCACUGCUGGAUAUGUAUGCCAAAUGCGGGCAUUUGGAGAUGGCUGAGGCAGUUUUUGCAUGUACGGUAGAUAAAAACGUAGUUUCUUGGACUUCCAUGAUUAGCGCGUACGCCAAGCAUGGAUUAGUAGAGUUAGCAGAGAGUAUUUUCGACCAAAUGCCUCUUAAGAACACAGUCUCAUGGAAUUCUAUGAUCUCGUGUUACCUCCAAAACGGCUAUUACAAGGAUUCUUUAGAUUUGUUUUACAAAAUGUGUGAUUCUUGUGUGGUUCCAGAUGAGACCACGCUAGUCAGUGCUCUUUCGGCUUGCGGUCACCUUGGUGAUUUAGUUUCGGGAAAGAAAUUGCACGAUUAUUUGCGUGAUAAUAGCAUGCAAUUAACUGUCACUUUGUGUAAUUCUCUGGUGGACAUGUAUGCCAAGUGUGGCUCGGCAGAAUUAGCUCUAGAUGUCUUUCGUGGCAUGCAGGGGAAGAAUGUUAUUUCUUGGAACAUUAUAAUUAAUGCCCUUGCGUCACACGUUGGCCAACUGUAUAAAAUACCUUAUGAUGUCGAGCAUUACGCCUGCAUGAUUGACAUGCUCGGUCGAGGGGGAUUUUUGAAUGAGGCGCUCGAGCUUGUCGGGAAAAUGGAAAUGAGGGCUGAUGUGGUUAUAUGGGGUACUCUGCUUGGCGCGUGUAAAAUUCACCGAAAUGUGGAAAUAGCAAAAGUGGUACUAAAGCAAGUGUUGGAAUCGGAAACUGGGGGCACUGGGGGUUUGUACGUGCUCAUGUCGAAUAUAUUCAGCGAGGCCCGAAAAUGGGACGAGGUGAAGAAGAUGAGGAAAUUGAUGAAUGACCGUUUUGUCCGGAAGCUGGACGCCGUUAGCUCUAUCGAUGUCGACGGCUGCAUAAAUAGUUUCAUGGCCGAUGACAAGAAACACGAAGCUUCUAAUCGUAUCUACUUAAUGCUCGACCAAAUGAAGGAUCAGUUAGAGUGCUUGAAUGAUGUGUGUGGUCCUAGUGAAGAACUUCUUGGGUGCUGUUGA